AUGUGUUUCGGUUUAACCUUAGUUGGGGUUGAAAAUAGCCGUAUCCAACCCGUUGACGGCGUCUCCUUUAUUGCUAUCCUCCAACAUUCAUCUUUGCAACCGAAAUCAGAAACCUUGGGGUUUUACCUUUACUUUCCGCUCUGGUGUACUCUCGCUAAAAUCUUCGAUUCCAAAAAUCUUUGUACAUGGUUGGGUGAUUCCAUGGAGAUAUAUGGUGUUUUUGAACCUCUGACCCCAGCAAAGCCAGUUCCAGCUAGGUCUGGACAUAACACUCAGGUAGCAUCAACUUCUGGACGAGGGACUGAAAAGGAAAAUAUAAAUGAUGAAUUUCUAUGUACAAGUUCUUUGGGUACUACAGAAUAUCUGGAAGAUAAUGGAAAUAAGGGGUCUUCUGUUUUGGGUGUAGCUGGAAAGGAUCCUAAAAGUACUACAACCGAUCAAAAUAACACAAGUUGUAUACAAGAGGAGACAAAGUGUAAUGACAAUAAGGCUCAUGAUGUUCAUGAGUCACAAUAUGGUAUCAACAACUCAAUUCCUUCAAUUCCUUCUCCAUCUGAGACAAAAGAUAGCAGGAAGAGGCGUAACAAUGGCAUUGACUUAAACAAGAAGCCAAGUCAAAGAACCCGAAUGAAAAAACAUAGGCCUAAAGUAUAUGAUGAUAGCAAACCAAAGAAAGUCCAAAAACCUAAAACCCCAAAACCAAAAACCCCAAAACCUGUAACUCCAAAUCGUGUACAUGAAAGGAGUGUUCGUUCAAGAAAGGAGAAAUUCAAAGAACCAACAAGUUGUAUGCAAAAGUCAACCAGUUAUGUUGACCAAAGAGAUUCUCAUCAUGUGUCAAAACUACAUGAAGAAGCCAUUUGUGUGCAAAACUCAAUGAGUUAUAACAUUGAAGAUGUGGAACAAGCUUCUAGGGUUUCAAGAAAUGCUCUUAUUCCAAUGAUUCCAUGCAAACGUCGUUUGGAUUUAAACUAUCCAAUUGAAGGAGAAUCAAAAUCACAUGAUGAACAUCUGAGCUUUAACUUUGACAAUGGAGAUUAUGACUUUUUUGAUAGGAUUGUUACUUCUAAGAGAAAUACAAAAAGGAGAAGUAGGUUUCAGAAUAAGAGUGUUGAAAUUGAAGCUUCAGAGGAUUUGUUGGAUGAUAAUAACAACAAGCAACAAUGUGGGUUGGAUUUUUCGGUUAUAGAAAACUUGAAACAAACUAAAAAACAUGUUAGAAGGUUUGUUUAUGUCUAUAAAUGCCAAAAGAAAAGAAAUUCAAAGACAUCUACAUUGCAAGUAUACCAAAAGAAGUGUAGAUUAGAUCAGUGUCUACAAAUUAGUAGAAAAAGUGGACCCAAUUUUCCAAAACUUUUCAAGAAACAAAGGAAGAUGAGAAAAAAGGUGACUAUAAAUCCAAAUUGGUUGCUCAAGUUUCUUGAAAAUAGCAAGAAGAAGAAAGAACCACAUAAAAAACUCAAGAAAAAAGUAGCAAAAAACAAUCUUCUUCUUCUUCCUAUUUUUUCACCCAUGAAAAAGAAGCGAUCUAUAUUGCAGACUCGAAGAAGAGAGAAUCUUGUUGACUUUCCUAUUUCUAAAGAAAUCUCUCUUUAUGAUGAAAGAUUCCUUUUAUGUCAAGAGGAAAAUUUUCUUCAAAUGACUGAAUGCCUCCCACUACAAGAGGUUCCUAUUCAUGAAAUUGACAGUUUUACCUCACUACCCCUGCAUUGUCAAGGAGUUGAAAACACUGUUGCUGCUUUAGAUUGGCUCCAAUUACAAGAGGUCCCACUUCUUGAAAGUCAAAGUUGGAAAAAAGACCGAAAGCGUAAAAGUCAAAGUAGGAAAAGAGACCAAAGUCGUAAAAGUCAAAGUUUGAUACCCAAACAAAAAGAUAGUAAAUUGUAUAUAAGAGAAAUGACCAAAUAUAUAACAAAGAAGUUAGCAAAACUAGACAUAAAUGCUGAAUGCACGGCGAUUGUGGUAAGAAAUAAUGACAAUAGGGCCCUUGUAAAGACAAAACCUAAGAAAGAAAAAGAAAAAGAAAAAGAAAAAGAAAAAAAGAUUCUUGCAAAGGUUGACCUUGAUGAAGAGUCAGAGAGAGUUUGGAAAAUUGUAAUGGAGAAUGAUGGAAGUCAACCAUUUGAAGAAAUGGAUAAUGAUAAAAAAGAAUGGUGGGAAAGACAAAGAAAUAUAUUUCGUGGAAGGGUUGACUCAUUUAUUGCCAAAAUGCAUCUUAUUCAAGGUAAUAGGCGAUUUUCACCAUGGAAGGGUUCAGUGGUGGACUCAGUGGUUGGUGUUUAUUUAACUCAAAAUGUAUCAGAUCAUCUUUCGAGCUCUGCUUUCAUGUGUCUAGCUGCAAGAUUUCCAGUCAAAUCAAAAAACAAAGAAGUUGUUGACCAUUUUGAAGUCAACACUAGUCAAGAAUCAGUCAAAAGUAAUACAGAAAUAUAUGAAGGGUUCUUUAAUAAUAACAAAAUUGACCAAAAUUCAAUUACUUCAUAUGAUGAUGAAAUCAAUCUGAGUCAAAAUACACAGCUUAGCCAAACAGAAGCCUCAAAUCUUGAAGAUAAACCAUGCCUUGAUGAAAAUCCAAAAAGUUUCCGGAAGGUUCUAGACCUAAAUGAGGUGGACUGUCUUAGAAACUUCUAUAACAUUGAUGAAUCAGCACUAGAUGAGAGCAAAGUUGUAGAAGAGUCAAACCUUGGAGAAGAAAAGUCAAAGAGCAAAGAAAGUGAGGCUUCAAAUCUUGAAGACAAAACAUUUGUUGAUGAAAAUCUAAAUACCUUCCGGAAGGUUCUAGAGACAGAGGAGGCCGAUUAUCUCAAGAACUUUUGUAGCAUCAAUGUUGAUGAUUCAGCACUUAAUGAGAGCCAUGUUCAAGAAAAGUCAACAUUUGGACAAGAAAAGUCAACCCUUGAACAGGAAAAGCCAACCUUUGAACAAGAAAAGUCAACCCUUGAAGAAGAAAAGUCAACCCUUGAAGAGGAAAUGCCAACCUUUGAACAAGAAAAGUCAACAAUUGUAGAAGAAAAGUCAACGUUUGAAGAAGAGCCGAGAAUUGUUGCUCCAAUUUCUAGUCUCCAAUCCGAAAUCACCAUGGAACAAGGAGUCAAUGUGGUCAACAGCCAUGAGAGCAACAAAAAAGGAAAGUCAACCAUUGAACAAGAAAAGUCAACCAUUGAAGAAGAAAAGUCAACAAUUGUAGAAGAAAAGUCAACCCUUGAAGAAGAGACAAGAAUUGUUGCUGCAAUUUCUAGUCUCCAAUCCGAAAUCACCAUGGAACAGGGAGUCAAAGUGGUCAACAACCAAGAGAUCAACAAAAAAGGAAAGUCAACCUUUGAAGAAGAAAAGUCAACUCAUGAAGAAGAGCCAAGAAUUAUUGCUCCAAUUUCUAGUCUCCAAUCCGAAAUCACUAUGGAACAAGGAGUCAAAGUGGUCAACAAGAAAAAAGGAAAAAAGAAGAGCAAGAAAGAACAAAAAGAGGAAGUGAAAAUAGAUUGGGAGAAAUUAAGAGAAAUUUAUUCCCAAAAUGGAAAAAAAGAAAUUAAUGAAGAUUUCAUGGAUGCAGUUGAUUGGGAAGCAGUUUAUAAUACUCCAGUUCAAGAAAUUGCUAAUCUUAUAGUUGAACGUGGAAUGAAUAACGUGUUAGCCAUAAGAAUAAAAGACUUUUUAAACCGAAUGGUUAAAGACCAUGGAUCUAUUGAUCUCGAGUGGUUAAGAGAUAUCCCACCAGAUAAAGCAAAGGAGUUCUUGUUGAGUAUACCGGGAAUCGGUUUAAAAAGCGUGGAGUGUGUACGGCUUCUAACACUACAUCAUAAUGCUUUUCCUGUUGACACAAAUGUUGGACGGGUGGCCACACGUCUAGGGUGGGUCCCACUUCAACCUCUCCCAGAACAAGUUCAAAUUCAUCUCUUGAACUCAUACCCAAUGGUGGACACAAUUCAAAAAUACCUCUACCCUCGACUAUGCACUCUUGAUCAAAAAACAUUAUACGAGUUACAUUAUCAGUUAAUCACAUUUGGAAAGGUGUUUUGCACAAAAUUAAAUCCAAAUUGUAACGCGUGUCCCAUGCGAGCUGAAUGCAGACAUUAUGCAAGUGCUUUUGCAAGUGCUAGGCUUGCACUUCCCGGACCAAAAGGAAGUAGUUCUGUAACCACCACAAUCAUACCAGCACCACCAGCAUCGCCGCCACCAUUGCCGCCAGUACAACCACCACCACCACUGGUGGUUGCUGACGUGGACCCGAACGACUGUGAUUCAAAUUCCUAUGUUGAAAACUGUGAACCGAUAAUUGAAAUUCCUCCAUCUCCGGAGCCUUAUGUGGAAGUGAAAUUGCCUGAUAUUGAGGAUUAUUUUUGUGAAUCAGAAGAUGAAAUUCCAACCAUUAGAUUAAAUACACAGGAAUUUGAGGAGACAUUGAAGGAGACAAUAAAUAAGAAGAAUAAUUUGUCGUUUUCUGAGACUGAUGACGUGUCAAAUGCUAUUGUUGCUUUGAGUCGUGAAGCUGCUUCUUUUCGUGUUAGAGUAAGACCUAUAAAGCAUACAGGAAAGUUGAGGACUAUACAUAUUGUAUAUGAGCUCCCGGAUUUUCAUCCGAUUUUGGCUGGGUUUGAUGAAAGGGAACAAGAAGAUCCAUCGCGAUAUCUUCUUGCCAUAUGGCCGGAAAUCAGUUCAUCCAAAAAUAUAGAAGAAGAAACAGUUAAAGGAACAAUCUUGAUACCUUGUCGAACUGCAAAUAGAGGGAAAUUUCCUCUCAAUGGGACAUAUUUUCAAGUUAACGAGGUAUUUGCUGAUGAUGAAACUAGCGAUGUUCCAAUGGAUGUUCCACGACAUUUUCUAUGGAAUUUAUCAAGGAGAGAUUUAGCUUGUGGGACAUCCGCCACAUCGAUAUUUAAAGCCUUAUCAACCGGUGAUAUUCAGCAUAUUUUUUGGAGAGGAUCGAUAUGUGUGAGAGGAUUUAACAGAAAAACAAGGCAACCUCGACCUCUUCAUCGUAGGUUUCAUGUUUCAACAACUGUAAAUUCAACAGGGAACAAGAAAACACCCAAAAAAUGAAGUUAUUAAUUAUGGCAUAUAAUUAAUUGGACUAAAACUAAUUGUUCUAACGGAAGAGUAGGGAAAGUGUAGGGGCUGAUGUGUGAAUGUGAAUGUAAAUAAAUAAAUAUAUAUUACAUUAGGUAUCAAUUAUUCUUAUCCUUUAUCAUUUCCAUGUAGUAGUUAAUUUUAUACAUAGUUUUUAUUUUCCAUGUCAG